AUGGCGACUUCUCGCAUCUCUUGGGACGUUUACGUCCCUAACUUGCUUGAAACAGGGACACUACUGACCAGAUGGGAAGAGGUAUAUCAAACAACCUGUGUGUAGAACUCUUGCAUGGUUCUGUUAGAACGAAAAGUCAAAAUGACAGGGUUGCUUGCGGUUAACAGAUCAAUACCCAACAAGUGUGCUUUCGCACCAGGGAGCUUGUUGCAGACUGUCAUCUUCAUGAUUGCAUCUUGAUUAUCUGAUGCUUGAUUCGUUUCGUUUUCCAGGAGUCCAACUCAAGUCAAGGGCUGUUUUUCUGUGUCGACAAAUAUGGCUUCUUUUUGGGCUGGAGAGAAGAGGAUAAGGUAGUUUGCAGGAUUGUUUUCACUUGCCGCAGCAAUUGUGAGAAAUUCUGCUAGCUUUCCCUCUACAGAAAUUCGUUUCCUACAGAGCGGUGCAAUGUUUUGGCAAAUCCUUACUCACCUCAAUGAAAUAUUUAGGAUUCUUGUCACAGACUCUGGUGGUUCACCUUUUCUCCUUUUCUCGGUAUAUUUAGGAAGGGAAUUGUCUGGAUCUUUGCCAUGUGAGCGAAGUUAGACCGGGUGGUAUACCAAAGGUUCGUAUGUUUUUGUAUUUAACAAAGCUUCGUUUAGAAAUGUUUUAUCGUCGCAAAUCAUCAUUUGAUUGUGGGAUUACUGAGCAACAAUUUUUUCUUAGUGCUUUUAAUUAUUUUUCGUAAGAUUUCGAUUUUAGAAUUUUUCGCAGAUUUUCUUACACAACCAUGAAGAUUAUUCUUGUUUUCGAAAUGAAGAGAUGGGAAAAGCCCAUAAUGUGCAUUUAGUGGCGGUCGAAAGAAAACUUGUGUAAUGUUCACACACGUAAAAUGUUUGAUGGGUAACGUUCGUAUCAGGGUGAAAUUGUUUAUAUGUUUGGAUCUGUGCUCUCGAUCAUGAACGAAGUUGGUGGCUCGCUCUAAUAUCAUUAAAUCGCGAAGAUUACACAUUCUAAGCGUAGGUACACUUUAUUGCGUUUUUGGAACACAAAUUGUAUUCCAUCUGAGCAAUGUAUUUGGUUCUGUUCGAAAUAGUCUCGUUGGAUUUAAUUUUUUCUGAAUUUGAUCGUGUAAAAAUUCCUGAAAUCAAGUUUGCAGUUCCUUAAUAAUAUUCACUUUAUUUUGGCAAGCAUCGUUCCUCUUUGGUAUCGAAGGAAUUCAAUGGUUGAAGUGCGCAUCUCUAACACCUUUGUUUACAUUUCAAAAAUUUGGAAACCCCGCGAAUAAAUUUAUCUACAUUCGUGUUAUGUUCCUCCUCCUUAUUGGGCUUCUUUAAGGAUUCAGUCGGAAGAAUUUUCUUUCUUUCUCAAAAAAUAUUAUCUAUUGGGAACAGACAUAGUUUUUUAUUGUCCACCGAUGUUUGAAUAUUGUUUUUUACUCAGAAAGCGCCAUGCUUGAAGAUUCGUGAGAGUGCAAUUAUCAAUAUACUUGUUUCCGCAACUGAAAGAUUUAAUUUAUCUCGGCGAGGUUAACCACUGGCUUCGUAGCACAAAAUUAGGAAAUGAGAGUCCAGAGAGGAUGAAAAAUUCGAUCUGUACGGGCGAUAUUUGGUUAGUUUCGUUUUCGGUUUUCAGUAGAAUUAGUAGUUGUCCUAGUUGAUCAACUGAACGAGCGUGCGACUGAGGAAACGUUAAGAUCGAAAUGAAAGCAAAAUGCAUUUCUAAGUUGCAGCUGAUGUCAACUACGACAUAAAGAUAUAACAAUUUUGACGUCUAUCGUAAAUGGCUGUCAAGUUUGUGUGCAAUUCGUGUUUGGAUUGAAUAUUUUUUAGUAUCAUCAGCCACGUGAAAUAACAAAAAGCAAGUUUCAAUAUCGACCGGUUGAGUAUUUUUUUAUUAUGAAUUAAGCAGAGCCGGUGCGUGAAUUUUCUUUGGGUAAUUAGUUUUCAAGGGUGUUUUUUUGUCGCAUGAAUCACGCACAAGCGGUCAAAUAAUUUGGAACAGAAACCAAUACCUGCAUGUAACAUCACUCUGAUUGAAGGCGACCGUUUGCAGGUUUAAUAAAUCGUGAACAUUCUGCUUUAGAGAUAACAAAUAUCUUCUUAACAGCUGAGUGCAUUAGGGUUCCUGACAACUUUGUGUGGGUUUUAAUUUAGCCAUAUUUAGAGGUUGUUUUUUUUGUUUUUUUUUUCGGUGUACCUUUUUCAUGGAAAACAUUACCUGCGAAAAUAUUAUCGAGUUUGUUAAGAGAGCGUUUGAACUGAAAAAUAAAUUUAGUGUUCGAUACCAUCAAAUUGAAUUAUCGGGUUGUAAACAAGUUGAAUAUCCGUGAAUUUAGAUGGAUUUAUGUUUUUUCUUUAUCUGCCAUCUUGUAGGCAUUUUGAAAUACUUCCUCAUCCGUACAGUUUGCAUGUCACUCACGACUAACUGUGAGGGUUAGAUAUGCUUUCACUUAACACUUCCAGCCUAAGUUUAGUAACAUCUUAAUACUACAAAGUUCCUUUUUUGGAUCAACUCAUUGAAAAUAAAUGGCAACCAAAAUUUAAAAAAAUUGUUGGAAAAAUUGCUCUGUUACUUAGUACUAGGUCAAGUAUUGGGUUCUGAAAAUCUUAUCUGAGACAAAUUUGCUUCCUGAAUUUGUUUAGUACCACAGCGUUUGGGUGCUAGAGAUAUCAGUGGCAUUUUCCCAAUAUUGCACACGUCUGUACCUUUUUAAAUUUAAAUUACGUUUUCUUGGUCGAAUAGUAGCUGGUUAAAUGAAACUCAAUACAUUUGUAACCAAAAAAAAGAAUACGUACUUUGGUGCCUGCACGAUAAGUUUUUAUGUAGUGUAACAUUUAAAUUUCAGUUGCUAUUUUUGAGAAUUAUAUUUUUCAUUUAUGACUUAUUCAGUUUGGUGAGCAGAGAUCCUGCUUUAAUUACCAACUUGGUAAUUUUCCAGAAGUUAUGUCUACCAGACAAAUUACAAACUAUCCAAAAAGGUAGUCCAUGUCAUUUUCCCUCAUGAAUCAAAACAAAUCUGAGAUAAAUUUUUACUUAAAAGUGAUAUUUGUGUAUCUAUUUAUUUAUUGGCUAAAUUUUGAUGGCCUGAGCCAUUUUUCUUUAUUCAGAUUCAGAGAAGUUAGGUCUUAUACUGGCCUGUUAUUAUGAUAUUCUGCAUCCCUACAUGAAAACCCUACUUAAAUCAUUUCUUACAAAUGUAUGAAAUGGCUGGUUGAUUUUCUUUGCUAUCUCAAACCAAAUUUUGUGUCACAGCAAGGAGGCUCACAAGUUUUCUUUGCAGCUUGUGUUUUCCCUUAAUGUAAGCAUGACAGGUGAAAUACAUUCUCAAACUGGUAGAACAAUCCUUUACCAGUGAAAUUUUCAUGAAUCCCAAGCAAUUUUAGGUGUCAAUGAGAUGUACUAGAGGCCAUGAGCUUUAAUGGUUACCCCUUAAAAAAAUUCUUGUCAUCAAUGAAGUUUUGGAUAAGGCAAAAAUUCAGGUUUUUCAUUCCUCUGAGUAAGCUCUAAACAUUUUUUGUACUCUUUAUUCAUUUGAUAUUAUUUAAAUCAAACACUGAUUUUUUUUUUUUUUACAGAUAGGGCUCUUAUUUUAUUCUAAGUUACCAGAUUAUGUCAUGCUGAAAAAAUUUGCACCUGUCUUCGUCUAAAUUAUCUUCAAAGAGUUUUUGUGGCUCUUUAGAAUUGAUUGUCCGGUUCGUGAUGUCUAAGGUUAAAAUCAAGUUUUCAUUGUGAUGAAAAGUCUUCUUAAUUAAACAUUGUUCACAUUAUGGUCUGUUGUUAUGGAAACUUGGAAAUCUCAGUAGAUUUGUCAUGUGUGUCACUUAAAGAAAAAACCAAAUCACUAAGUGGGUGAUUUGCCACAAAGGCAAUGUUUUAAAAUUUUAAUAUUUAUUAAUGACUUCCAAGGGGCUUUAGAUACUGAAAAUUAAUGCUUUUUUAUCAAUAAUUUAUCACAAAGGAUUGUGGUACAUGUAACUCAUUUCCAAAUGAUUGUUAAAAUUUUUUCCUUAAUGGAUAAGUGUUAGGAUAAUGACAUUUUGCAUAAGAAUGAUUUGCCUACUGCAAAGUUUAAGAGGAUGACACCUAAUUUAUUUGUUAUUUGUGUUACUGUUCUGUACAUAUUAAUUGAAAGUGUUCAGUUAACUGCUUGAGGCAAUGAAUUCAGUUUUUUGUUGGUGCCUUGGAGACUUCUUUGAACACUCAGAUAAAAGAUCUUUUUAUAUCAUCUGAAAAUUUAGCAUCAAUGUUGUGUACAGUACUCUUUUCUCGUAAACAUGACUACACAAACUUAUGUCAUUCUCCCUGUUAAAGGAUGCCAAAUUGAGAGAAACACUGCAAAGUGAAGGAGAGGGAUCCUUGGAAGACAGGUCAUUUACUGUUGUCUUUGGUCAAAAUCUUGUGGAUGUCACCUACUUGCAUUUAACAGCACCAUCAUGUAAAAUUGCAGAGGUUAGAGUAAUGAUGUGUUGAAGAUGCAUAUAACCCUUAACACCCUAACACCAGUGUGCAUAUUCUCCGCACUGUUCUCUAUACAUCUCUACAGGAGUUGACGAGGAGAAUUUGUUUCACAAUCAAGAGCUUCUUUAGUUGGUAAUCAUAUCCUUAAUUUUUGAUGUUGUAAGGAGAAAUUAGAUUCUUUGAGUCUUAGGAGUGAUACUUUAUCCAGCCAAAAGGUGGUGAAAACUGACUUCACUAUCUGGUAGAGGAUACAAUCUUUUAAACAACACCAAAUGUAAUGUAAUUCAGCUGUAACACUUUAGCCUCUAAGGGUAUAACCAGCAUCUCAUUUCUCAUAAAAUUUCACUGAUGAAUCAAACAUUAGGAUCAAGUGCAUAAGGGAAAUGAUCCUUAACAAAUCAGCUCUUGAUUGUUGAACAAAUUCUCCUUACUACUAACAAAGGAAAUUUAUAGACAGCAGUAUGGAGAUUAUACAUGCUGAUGCCAGGGUGUGUAGGGAUAAGAGGAAAAAGGUAUCAGAUAAUGGGAGUAAAGUCAAACCUUAAGACAAAGGGGAGUUUAAUCUUUAACUCUCAGACCAAAUUUGUAAUUCUCCUUACUGUCGACCAUACAAUUCUUAUAAUGUUAGUUCAGAGAAUUUAGUAUUGGAUCAACUAAUUAUCCCCAAAUUGAUAGUUUUCUUUAUUCUCAUCACUUGUCUGGUUGAUAUGGUAUUGAUGUCAUAAGGAGAAAUUCAGUCUUGGUCACCCAUGGGAGUGAAAGGGUUUCUAAGCUUGGUUUCAGUAUAAGUGAUGAGUUCAAGUUAACCUCUCUCAAGGCUCUGUACUUUGUGUCUGUCACACAUUUCCUUCAACUUUUGUUAACAUCAAAGUAUUUCACUCAGUGGAUACUUAAAUUAUAUCUUCUUGUUACUUUUCUACUUGAAAGUUUAUUGAUAUUGUAAGGAGAAAUUCUCUUUCGGUCUUUCAUGGAAAUGAAAGUGUUAAUCAUCACAAGAACUCACUAGAAGUUUAUUAAUUUCUCAAGUGUAAUUUAAAUUAAAUUUAAAGGAAAGAGGUUUAAUGUUCUUGUUAUCAUUGCAAGGAAUGGAUUGAUGGACUCCCACCUUUAUUACACAACCUCAACAUUUGGAAUGCCAGCGUCUUGACACAGUUGUUUAAACUGUAAGUAGACUAUGUGUUAGUUUAUUUUGGUAGAUCAAGGUGGAAUGCAUGUAUAUGCAGUGUGAAAUUAUAGCUAUUUUCGUUAUCUUUUCAUAUGGGAUUUUUGCAUUCCCACCUGGCAAAUCAACUUCCUCUUUAACAUAGUCUGUUGACCAUUUAACAGUUGAAAAUAUGAACCAGAGUGAGCAAUGAAAGUGGAUAGAGCUUAGACAAGUUGUAUAUCAGCUGCAACUUCAACUGUUUCCAACAUCAUUCCUAACUAGUGGGGCAUUAUGGGCAGCACCAUGAGGUUUUGAGGCAACAUACACAUACAUGACCAACCAAUAGUUUUUCCUUUGUUGAGAAUUUGCCACUCUCCCUUUUCCCUUUCUGUUCCCUGUGAUUUUGUCAAUGUAAUCAAUUCCAUUUUAUAUAUGGCUUAGUUGUAUAGUUUUGCCGGUGAUGGAGGCACUUUCCACUUAAGGGGCUGGCUGUUACCACUGGCAAUCCAUAGGAUAUUCCAGAAACCUGAACCACACAAAUUGACACAGUUGGUAACAAUGUACCUCUUGUUUGGUUUCCCUCUUCAAUGGAGUCAGUCACAUUUUCAUGAAUAUGUCACGUCAGUUAAAUAUCAUUUUGACUGGAAGACAUUUCACAGUUCACUUUUUGUAAUGAAGAAACAAUACCUUCCUUGCAGCCAUUUGCUCUCAGAUCCUUAGGAUCACACUUUAUGCACUCCAAUCAACUUUUCUCUCCUUUUCCCCUUUGUAUGCAGUCCAUGCUCAAUGUUUUUUACCUCAAGUUGUUUAAAUACAAAUAAUGCUCUACUAACUGAUGGCUGAAUCAGACUUACUUGGUUGUAAAUCUUUCAUUUGCAGCUAUAUCAAGCUCACUGUUCAUUUGGCAACUCCUUCCAACAAGAUUUCUGUAAAGAAGUAAGCUUCCUUAAUUAAUUAUGUAGUCUGAUUGUCCAGGUUUAGUGUAGAGUAGUCCAGAAAAGGACUGUUUUCAGUUAGAGUGACCAAUGUUUUGACAACUUGAGUAGAAGUUGUCAUUAGAAACAGGUAUUACCCUUGUUAUAAUUACACAUAAGUUUGAAAUAUACUUUGCUAGAGUUGUCGCUAACAAAUUAAGCUUACAUUAAGAUUUUAUGUUAGAGCUUUACUGAGCGAUCACUGGCUAAGAAUCCAGCUGACAACCAUGUUUAUCUACCAUACAGAAGUAUAGGACAUAUGAACCCUGGUUUAUAUGCAUCUCAUUAUGAAAGAACAGUGAGUUGCAAAUGGACCUUGAUGGAAGUAAGAAUUUGUGAAUUCGGUCUAAAUUAUGGACAUAAAUUUUGCAGUACUUCUAGGCACCUCUAGGAACUUGAAACUUGCGAAAUAAAUUGAAAUUUCUUAACUCAAGACAGACCUCCAUUUGCUAUGAACUGCUUUUCUUGAUCUGUUUACUUUUUUUUUUUUUUUUCAGUAUCUGCAAGUGCCUGAAUGUUGGAAAGUACGAGCAAAGAGUAUUUGAAGGACUAGAAGCUAUGAAACUUCCUUGUGGGAAGGUAAUAAUUUAAAAAUCAAACUUAACAUAGCUUUCUUUUCUACAAUUUCAUUGAGGAAAAAAUGAAAUAAAUUAAAGAUGAACCCUUUAUUUUUUCUAGAAAGGGGUAUUUUUUUUGUCUUGUCAACAAAGUGUUCAAAUUAAAAAAACCAUUUUGUUUUAUUUUUUCCUAUUCAACAGACUGAUGAACUUGACUGUUCAUCAUUUACCUUUGAGCAGUUUUAUCAGCUCUACUUGAAAGUUUGUGGCAGGCUUGAAAUCGAACAACUGUGUAUUAGAUGGUAAGAAAGGAAAAAAACAUCAAUAAAUUGUCUCCUUUCCCAUUUUGAUGAAUAUUUCAUUGAUUAUCCUUUGUACAACUUGCCUGUACUGGCAUCAGACAAUAGUCUGAACAUAGCUUUUCGUUGGUGCCUAACCAAAAUUUGAGCACUGUGGCCAGACAUGGGCAUUACCUCCUGGGGUGGUACUCAAGUACCUUUGCUGAGCAUGGGAACUUGUCUGAACAUGUUUUCCUCAGCUCUUUUGUCAUUUCUCAUGCUUCAUGCCAUGCUGGAAUGGGAACCCAGUCUGCAAUGGGGCAUUAGAUAUCUUUUGAGCCCAAAGUGAAUAACUGUUAAUUGAUCAUUUCUUUUUCUGUCAGGGGUGGUGGCAAAGCCCCCUACCUUAAUGUCAACCAGCUGGUUAACUUCUUGAAUCAUGAGCAAAGAGAUCCUCGACUGAAUGAGAUACUCUACCCAUAUUACAACAGAGAGAAGGCCCUUUCUCUAAUAUGGAAGUAUGAGAAAUCUUUGGAUAACCUACAAAGAGGUAUGGAAUAACCCUUGAAAGGAAUAAAACAAUGAAAUACUGCUUUUUAAAUUUCCGCUUCCAAAUAAGUCAUUGAUGCAACUUUUUAUUAAUAAGUUUUCAUGCCUAUGAUCUCAUUAGUAAUACUCCUUACUGUCUGCCAUGCAAUUCUUAUGAUGCUAGUUCUGAGAAUUUGGUACUGGAUCAACUAGAAAAUCCUAAAACUUAUUUUUUUCUAUAUAUAUAUUCUCAUCACCUGUCUGGUUGAUAUUGUAAGGAGAAAUUCUGUCUUGGUCACUCAUGAGAGUUAAAGGGUUAAGGCAUUUUAUGGUCACCAUUUAUUAUUGUAUCUAAUCGACGUUUUUUGUCUGUGUUCUUGUGGUAGAUCGGAUCACUGUCAAUGGACUGACAAGAUAUCUACUGAGUGACGACAAUCUUCUUAUGAUGCCUAACAGAGUGGAAAUUUAUCAGGACAUGACACAGCCUCUGUCACACUACUUUAUUAACUCGUCACACAAUACUUACCUUGUGGGUAAGCCACAUUUUUGUAUCUACCUAAAAAGCAUCAUGCUAACUGGUUGUGAACUGUUUUGCUCAGAUCUGAUGUUCUAAUGUUCCAGGGCGUCAGUUUGGCGGCAAGUCUUCUGUGGAGAUGUACAGGCAAUGCCUGCUGGCAGGCUGUCGGUAAGAUGCGUUUUUAUUGUUAACCCUUUAACUCCCAGAAGUGAUUAACAAGUAACUUCUCCCUAAAAUAUCCAUUCACCAUCCAGCAAACAGGUAAUGAGAAUACUCAAAUGUAUUGAUAGAAGUUGUUAUCUGAUCUAACACUAAAUUCUUGUAACUUAUUUACAAGGAAAUGUGUAGCAGCUAGAAGGGAGAAUUAACAAUCCAAUCUUGAGAGCUAAAGGGUUAAAAGCCUCACAAGAGCAACAGAGAAUUGUGGAAUUUAAAUCCUUCACUAUUUGUAGUUGAUUCACCAUCCAUAGAUUUUUUCCCUUUCUCAAAAAUGCUCAUUCUGCACACCUUAACAUCAGUGUGUAUAAAAAAAUUAUUCUACAUACUGCUCUCCAAGGUGCUAACAAGGAGACUUCAAGAUUUUAGAUAUAUGAAAAUUCAUAUAUUUGCACUGCGGUGGAGAGAUGAAAUUAAGUGAUCCUCGCAGCUAAGAACACUACUGAAACGAGUAGUUGUAAAUAGGACCUGAAAAAAAUUCAGGCCCGUACGGGAUUUGAACCCAUGACCUCUGCGAUACCGGUGCAUUUUUUUAAACAAUCGCGAUCUUCUUUGGUUGGUGAUCAUUUCUUCUAUUCUCACAACCCUCAUGUUUGACAUAAGGGUGAUCGCUUAGGGUUAGAAAUUAAAUGUAAGUAAUACUCUUAUAGGGGUUACUAAAUAUUAAAGCUUUGAGUUGUGAGACAACCUACAUACACAACUUGCAAGAUUGUCUAUUUUAAUUCUUAAAUUACAUGGAACAUACUGAUGCACAAAUUGAUUUCUUUCUUUAAAUCAAAGGUGCAUUGAACUGGACUGCUGGGAUGGGCCUGGUGAUGAGCCCAUUAUAACACAUGGCAAAGCCAUGUGUACUAACAUCAUGUUUAAGGUGAGGUUCCCUCUAAACCCCUUGGACACCCUAACAUCAGCAUGUAUAUUCUCUAUACUGCUCUCUAUAAAUUUCCUAUGGCAAUGACAAGGAGAGUUAAGCUAAAAAUCAGGAGCUUUUCAAAAAAGUGAUCAUUUCUUUUAUUCUCCUGGGCCUGUUGUUUGAUUCAGUACUUAUGCCUUAUUGAGAAGUUAGAUACUAGGGUUGAAGGUUUAAACUCCUUGGAUCUGACAAGGAAUUCCUUUAUCCUGCAUGUAUCUGUUUCUUGAAAUUCACUACCAGUAAUUAACAUAAUUCUUUUGUUGAUUUCUUGUGCAGGAUGUGAUAGAAGCAAUUCGCGACUCAGCAUUUGUGACAUCUGAGUACCCAGUGAUACUAUCCUUUGAGAAUCACUGCAGGUAUUUAAGCUGAUUAUGGUAUAGUUAUUUAAGCAUUUAUUUAAUUAAUUUUCUUGAAAUCAAAGGCAUUUUUCACUAAUCCAUCAUUUUUGCUAGCUAGUGUAUUUGAUAAUCACAUAUUAAUUUUAAUUCAAUGAAAGUAAAUAACAGUGUUAUUUCUCCAAUUCUUUUGAGUUGUUAUUGGUUAAUGUAGCAUUUAGUUGUUACUGACAGUAACUUGUGUUUGGUUCUGAAUGGGUAAUUGUUUUAUUCAAGUUUUCCUGUAUUGUUUCAGCAAAUCCCAACAACACAGGAUGGCUAGUUACUGUACUGAUAUCUUUGGAGAUAUGCUAUUGAAAUUUCCUUUGGAAAGUCAUCCAGUAAGUAACGUACCCUUUUGCUCCCAAGAUUUCAGAUUGAAGUAAUUCUCUUUACUGUCUGCUUUAUAAUUCUGGUGAUGUUAGUUUGAAGAAUUUGGUACUUGAUAAACUAAUGAUUCUCCAGUUGAUAUUUCUUGUUAUUCUCAUGUAUUGUCUGCUUGAUAUUGUAUUGGUGCAAUGAGGAGAAAUUCUGUCUUGGUAAUUCAUGGGAGUCAAAGGGCUGACUAUUUUAAAUUUGUUGCCUUGUUGGUGAUAAAGGAAAAAACUGUUGACACACUGUAAACUGAAAAAAGUUCAAAUGAUUUGGGACAAUGGCAAUAAUGAUAAUGAUAUUGAUGAUAUUUGUAAAGAGCAAUAUUCAAUGAAGGGUCAAAAGCAAUCUUGGAUUGCUUAGUUUUUCCUCUACGCUGUGAUAUGAUUGAUUCAGAAAACUUGUACUGCUCUCUUAACUCUUUAACUCUCAAGAUCAUCCUGUUACUUCUCCCCUCUAGCUGCUACACAUUUCCUUGAAAAAUCAGCAAUAAGAAUUUGGUGUUAAAUCAGGAUAAUGACUCAUACCUGAUAAGUUUGAAUAUUCUCAUUACCUGUUUUCCAGUCAUAUGUUUGGAUAAUUUAGAGAGAAAUUUCAUGUUAAUCACUUCUGGGAGUUGAAGGGUUAACCAAUCAAUUCACAACUAAAACCAAUCACAACUUGCUCACCCACAUUGUUUCAUGCUUCAGGCAUUUUUCUUGUUUUUACUUUGAGUUAUCGUUGGCUCUUUAAUAUGUUUUCGUUCCUCAAUAGCCUGUCUUGAUUGAUAUGGUUUUGGUUUUAUGACACACAAAACUGAAGAUUGCUCCAUUGCUAUUAUAUGUCUUUUGAUUAAUUAUUAACUUCUUUUUUUUUUUUUUUGUUUUCUCCUUAGAUUGAAGAAGGUAGACCACUUCCAUCACCAAGCCAUCUCAAAAGAAAAAUAAUCAUCAAGAACAAGAAACUCAAACCAGAACAGGAAAUGGAAGGUGAAAAAAUAAUCCUUUUUAGAUACAUCUCCUACUGAGAGGAGAAGAAUUAUUUUCAUCUUUAUUUCAGUAGACCUUAAAUUGAGCUACUGAAUUUCCUUUUUUAUUUCAAGUUUGCACUGAUUUACAGCAUCUUUAGCUUGGGAAAAAAAAGAAAUACAAUGGUGCAAGGCUUCAGUCAAAUUGUCUAUUAAUUAUUAUGUCAAAUGUUGAUUCUGGUCUUAUUUUUCCCUUUAGAUUUCAGUGAACUGCUUAGCGAUUAUGAACCCACUGACUCUUCAGGUAAUGUGGUGGUCAGAUUUGCACAGAAAUAAAAUAUUUAUAAGCUUAAAAUAGGGUUAUUAAUUUGACUAUCAUUCAGAUGUUGGGUAACAUGACAACAUAGGCGAUAACUGCAUACAAGAUGUAAGAACUGGAAAAAAUUCAAGAACCUACAUUGAGCUAGGGAGGCACUCAGUUUUGUUGGAAUUACCUAUUUUGGCCUUCCAUUGUCAGCCAUAACAUCUGACUGCUAGAAGAAGGUUGAUUAUAAUCAAAGUGAGGUUUUGCUGAAAACCUAUUCUUGUUCAUGAAUGAUCACCAUUUGAGAGCAGAAUGAAAAAAAAAAGAUUGAUGAUUGAGUUAUUUCUUGAAGACUGGUCAGCCACCUCUGGUAACUAGCAUUGAAAUACUGGCAGUUAGCAUUUAUUCUUUGGUUCCAUUGCCAACCAGCUGGUCUCAAUUUCAGAUGCUGAUAGUUAUUUAUUUCCAUGUUGAUAUUCUUAUUCAGGUUACCGUGCAGGAAGCAUUAAGGAAACUGCAAUUAUUGAUGAUGAAAUUGAAGAGGAGGAUGAGGUGCCAGAAAGUGAUAAUGAUGAUGAUGAUGAUGAUGAUGAUGCUCGUGACCGAUCUGUAAGCUGCGAGGAGUUUGAUAAAAUUAUGGCAUACAGUGAUAAAAUUUGCAACGACCUUUUACGAGAAUCUACAUCAACUGCGGCAGAAGAAUCAUCUGAUGACAAGUCUGUGACCCUUGAUAACAUUUCUCAGUUUAGCUCGGAGUCAGAUUCAGUGUCAGAGUACUCAAACUUUCUUCUUUCCAGGAUUCUUAAUGAUGCAGGCUUAAAUGGUGUAUCUAAAGAUCUGGACAAUACCUUUGUCAUGUCAAGGAAUAGUAGGAACUUUCUCGAAAUGCAAGGAAUUGAGUCAGUAGCAGACAGUAGUUCAGAAAGUAGUUCAAGAUCGUCAAGAACUAAUGAAGAAGGAAUACCUUCUUCAGCAAACCGUGUUUCAGGGAUCUCUCUGGCUUCAACUUUGAGUGCAACUUCAGAUGGUUCCACUGACAGUGAAAGUCUUUCUGUAACGCCAACUGUGACUGUGACAGACAGCGGGGAGACACUUUACAAGUUUCCAUCUACCAAAGAAGAAAGUAACACACCUGAUGUUGUUCAUAAACCAUACCGUAGUAAUGGUGGGCUUGAGUCUAUUAGAGAAGUUUCUGAUUCUACCGAAAAUGACAAUCACAAAGGUGCUGAUGAUUCCGAUGAAAGUUCCUUAAAAUCAGAGGGGAAGAAGGUUGAUUCAGAGCUUGAAGAAAAUGAUCAAAAAAAUGGGAAAAUUUCAUCCGUAAUUCAGUGCAAUGGCAAGGUAGAUUCUAAAAGAACUCACCCUUCAGUACAAGGAACGAAUUCUGGAUCAUCAUCCUCAAGAGGCAGCAAAGACUAUUCUUAUGAUCCAAAAUUCUUUUGCGGAAGGAAAGAGAGUAAUGCAAGCACACAAAGUGUGGAUUCAAAUUUGGAGGAUGACGAAGAGCGAGAUGUCAUCAGUGAAUUUAAGAAACGAGAGGAGAAACUGGCCAGCUUUGGAAGUUCACUGAGACUUAAUAUGGUUGGGGGCAAGAAGGUGGGUACGGAAAGUGAUUCAAAGUAUUUUGAUAGAGCUCCUUUGAUCAAAACUGUAACAAAAUUCAUGCACUUGAUUUGCUCUCAGCAGCCUGAUUUGAGUCCUUAUGGGACAAUAUAUUUGUCAUGUUCGUAAUAGGACUGUGUAAUAGGACAGUUUAGGUGAUAAGCUGAAUUAUACAAUCAUGCGGUUUGAUUGGUUCUUACUUAUGAUCUAUUGGAGGACAGAUGCAGAGAUGACAUCACCAUAAACAAAAUUUUUUUUUUCUAUCAUAUAAAACAAAUAGAUCCCAUGUUGCCAUGGCUCUGUACCCAAAUAGAUUACAGAAGACAUCAUGAUGUAAAAAGAAGAUUAGCAACACAUUUAGCUGCACCUCAUACGCCACUUUUUUGUUCUUCUAACAUUUGACUUCUACAAUCUAAUCUUUUUUUUUGACUAACCAUACUUUGAAAUUUUUGUAAAGACAUCAAGGGCAGCCAGUCUCACUCCCGAAGACUUGGAAUGCUUAGCACAAAUGACUACCACUUCAACCACUGGAAGCAUUCAUCCCUUCUUGUCAUCAUUGGUCAAUUACAUUCAUCCAGUACCAUUUACUGGAUUUGACGAAGCAGAAAGUAGGUUGAGACAUGUUACUGUCUAGUUGUUAGUGUAAAUAGAAACCAAAAAGAUGCUAAAUUUUGAGCUCUGUCAUCUCAUUCAUUUUUUAUAGACAAAUAAAAAGAAAGAUAUCUGACUCAUUUUGCACUCCAGUGCUCUGCCAUUGAUCUAUAGAGAACUCUUUGACGAAAGAAGUGCACCAGUUACAUGAUGAAUCAUUUACUGACUAAGUAAGCUAGGGCAAGACUGGAAAAAAAUUGGCUCUUGGUGCUCAAGUCAAAUAUCUUCCUACAGGACUCUCCCACUUAGUCACACACUCUAAUCCAAAACAGGGGUUUACCCAUGGCUUUACUUUAAUCUUCAGUGUUAAACCCACCUCUGAUGAACUCCAUUAGGUGAUACAGUGUCAACGUAAAUUAGAAAAGAAAUGUGUUUGUUAGUAUUAUUUGUGCAGUGUAAGGUAGCUUCUUGCUAAAGAAAUCAGGUAAUUAAUUUUUGAGCACUUGACUAGAAAGCCAGCUGAGGCAGGUUGUUUUUACCCUUUAAAACCUAACAUCAGUAUGUUGACAAGGAGAAUUUAUUUAACAGUCAAGUGCUCUGACCUUUGGUUGGUGAUCAUCUCCUCUAUUCUCAUGGGUUUCGUGUUUGAUUCAGGGGUGAUAUUGUAAGGAGAAAUUAGAUGCCACUCUUAGAGGCUGAAGGGCUAAAACAUUUCAUUCAUAUUUAGAAGUUUGAACUGUCUUUGUAACUUUAUUUUCAGUUUUUCCUUGUCUUGAGGCAUGAGACACUGUAAAUAGUUAAUCCUGAUAUUUAGCUCUUCACAUUAAAAAGUUAUUACAGACCAGCUGCUAACCGCCCAGCAAUUGCAGGUUGUCAAUUACUAGAUAAUUUUGUUAACUACUUACCCUCUUUUUUUGCAGAAAAGAACUUGUCUCAUCACAUCUCAUCAUUUAAUGAGUCUACUGGGUUUGGUUUACUGAAAGCAAGUCCGGUAGAAUUUGUCAGGUAUCCUUUUGUUCGAAGAUGUUAGUUUGUGUGUUGAGCUAUUUUUUGUAGAACAGCAACUAUGUUGUUAGAGCCUCCCCCUUUAUUUUUUAUGAAUUUCCGUGGUUAAUUUUUUGUUGUCAGUACCCCUUUUAUUUACUCAUUGACAUAAUUUUUCUAGCCUUUUUCCCAACAUCUUAAUGUAAUGUAAAUUCUUGUGAUGUAUUGUAGUUUUGUUAUUGUGCAACAAUAAAAAUUAGAAGUAAUGGUUAUAAUAGUAACAAUAAUAAUUUGAGAAAAAAAUUAUAAUUUGGAAAAACAAAAUUGUUGUAAAAAACAUAGACUAGAUUGCAUCUUAGUAAAUAAAACUGAAAGAUUAACAAAACAAAUGAUAAAAAUGAUCCUUAUCCAAUGUAAUAGUGAUCUGAAAACUGUUGGGUGAUGUUUAUUUUUGCCAUUUUUAUUCUGAGAUUUUAUGCUCACUGGAAAUGUUUGCUAAUUGAGUAAUACCAUUGACUGUUCUUGACUUUUUAUGAAGAUAUAACAAACGUCAGUUGUCAAGGAUCUACCCAAGGGGGAGUAGGGUUGAAUCAAGCAACUACAUGCCACAGGUAAAGCAAGUUUGGUUUUUGGAAUGGCAAAUCUGGUUGAGUUUGGUACUUAGGGAAAUAUUAAUUUGGGAUGUUUUAUUACAAAGCUUAGUUAGAAUAAAUAAACCUGAAACCCAAAUAUGCAACCUAUUUUCUAGAGAACUAGGUUCUGACAGUCACAGUUGUCAAAAAGAUUUUGUAAACAGAACUGUUUUACAUGUACUGAGUAGGCCACACAAGAGUUCUUGUAGUGCAAAGACUUCUUGGUUUUUUCCACGCUCUGUAAUAUGCAAUUGCAUUUUAAUUUUAUACCCUUGUUUUGUUUUCUCUGCCUUUUCUGCCAUCUUGUUAUUAAAAUAUAAUUUGUGGAAGUUGAAUAUAUAAUUGUCUUACUUCUUGCAAUCCUUUUCAGGUGUUCUGGAAUGUCGGCUGCCAAAUGGUCUCUCUCAACUUUCAAACAUCAGGUAUCAUUAAAAGCAACAGUUACUAAUUAAAGCAAUUUCUUUUUAUUUACGUCAUGUGUCCAUUUGAAAUUUAUCUGUAGUAUUGGAAUUGCACUUGAUUACUUGAGGAGAGCAAGCACUUGAUGUACAAAAAACCAUUUUCUCCUUUUUAGUAAGGCUUAUUUCUACAAGAACAUUUUGUAAAAGUGCUUCAUAUGCUUGAACCUAUGAGUUGGAAUGCUUUUCCAUUUUUCAUCUACACAGACUUAGCCUUUCAACUGAAUGAUGGAAAAUUUGAAUACAACAAAAGAUGCGGGUAUGGCAUUUAACUUUAUUGUGUGUACGGUUGUGGACAUCUAGACUAGUGAGGGGAUGUAGUCUUUUUAGAGUAGACUUGUGAUGGAAGGGGUAUGGGUUAAAACCUUUUCUGGGCCAUUGAUGAGUACUCUAAGUAAUAAAUCAUUCCAUGUUUCUAAGAUGUUGUGACAGUUUGGACAAAAUGAGUUUAUUGAAAUGCUGAAGUAAUUACAGGACAAUAAAUCAAGAACAUAACUAAGAUAAGUAACACUUAAACAGCAUAAAAUAAGUUCAGAAACAAAUUUUGAAUAUAUUAGGAUGCAAGGGGUAGGUAAGAGCUUAUGUCUCCUCUCUGAAUCUUACAAAAGAUGAAACACAAAGACUCAGGCACCUGUAUAUAAGAGACAGCUGAUAUCUUUUUCACUAGUUGAUUAACCAUCAUUAAUCAAUGGUUUCUCCACUCAGCUCUAUCACUUUGUCCCUCCACCCGAGGUACACUGUGUAAAUGGGUACCGCUCUAUUGUCAGUCAGAGAAACCUAAUGAAAUAUGAUUUUGAGGAGUGAAAGUAAACCCAGAAGCUUACAAAUUGUAAAAUUGGAAUAAGUAAGGGCAGGCAUGAGGACAUUAGACUUAUUAAGAUUUUUAAUUCUCACAAUUGGAAUAAGUGUGGGCAGGCAUGGGGACAUUAGACUUGUUUAAGAUUUUUAAUUCUCACAAUUGCUACAACUACAAUCUGCCAUCAUCCACACUUUGCAGCCAUCACCAUGUCAUUAAGUUAGCACUCAUCCCUAGAGGAAAAACUUCCCAUCAUAAAGCAUAUGUGAAUUCUCAUGUUAAAUUGCUAUUAUUAAGAGUUGAUUGGCUUCUUCAACGUCAAUGAUACACCAAGUUUGAGUCACACAAUUGUUUUCUGGUACUCUGUAGGUACCUUCUCAAACCUGAUCUCAUGAGACGGUCUGACAGGCAGUUUGAUCCAUUCACUGAAUCAGUCAUUGAUGGAAUGGUGGCUGCUUCAGUUGUUGUCAAGGUAUUUAUCAUAAAGGGUAAUGUUUAGGGUGAUUUGGGUUGGGGGGGGGGGGAAUGCCACAAAGAUGAACUUAAUCUGUGGAUAAAGUAUACUCAGCCUUUGAACAAAUGAUGCCUGAAGGGUAACUUGACAUGAACCAACAUCCCUUAGAGGUAAAUAAAUAAGCACCACAGGAUAUCCAAGCUUUUUCAUGCUUCAGACAUUGGGGUGAGCUGUAGUGGCACUUCAAUAAUUAAAAACAUUUCUGAUAUUACAUGGUACCUUUUUAGGUGAUAUCAGGGCAGUUCUUGUCAGAUAAGAGGAUAAGCACAUGUGUUGAAGUGGAUAUGUAUGGCCUUCCUACUGAUACACUGCGGAAGAAGUACAAGACAAAAUUUGUACCAAACAAUGGCAUGGAUCCAGUUUAUGAAGAGGAUUCAUUUGAAUUCAGACGGGUAAAGUUAUCGCAUUUGUGAAAGAAAUUUGGAUCAUCUUUUAUUGGUUCCCUCAGAAAGGGGAGGUUUUUAAAUGAAGGCAGUUAUUACAAAGGUUAUACAGAGGAACACUUUUUCAUGGAACAUCCUUGAGACCAGGAAAAGUGUCCCCUUUUUGGUGAUGUCCCUGAAGAUAAUAGAUACUAAGGCUGUGGUGUAGAAUGUUAUUUGGUGGCAUCCUUGGGAUCCGUGUGAAUAGAUGUUCCUUUUCAAGAAGAUAACAGAUACAAAGGUUAUCUGAUAUAACAUUCAUUCAGGGGCCACUCCUGGGACUAGAAAAGGUCUCCUCUGAUUGGAAGUGCCCAGGAAAUGGAAGUAACAGAUACACAGGUUACACAGUAGAACCUGGAUACAGGGCCACAUUGGGGACAGUAGAUAGCACCCUUUGAGUAUAGUACCUGGGUAGUCCAAGCCUGUUGUACUUCUUUCCUUUUGUUCAACAAUAAUGAUACAAAUGAAUACCAAAAAGAUCUUCGCUGUAAUGAACACUACUUAUUGUAAGCAGUAGUGAAAAUAAGUCCUGAAAAAGAAUUCAGGCCUGUAUAUAUAGGAUUUGGAAACAAUACAAUUUUGAAAUCAUUCUACAUUAUAAGUUGAUAUGAUGGUUUCAAUUGACUAUCAAUUUGGUUUUUUGCUGUAGGUUGUGUUUCCAGAACUUGCACUUUUGAGAUUCGGCGUUGUGGAUGACAACGAUAAACUGAUUGCCCAAAGGGUUAUUCCAUUAGAUGGUUUACAGUCAGGUAAGAGCUUCAUGUCAUUAGGCCAGCAGUAGGGAAGGUUUCAGUCUGCUGGUGAUGUGAUCUAUUUGUUAAGUUAAAUGAAUCAAGGCAGUAGGUUUCUAAAGAUACUAUGGUGUUGGGUCAGUGGGGAAUAUAUAACAAGAUAUUUCAGUGGUACCAACUGAGUUGAUAUCUUAAUUGGUCAUUGUAAAGAGUUUCAAAGCUGACAUUUCGACAUCAGCCUUUUGUUAGAGUGAACAGCAAAGGGCUAAAGCUCAAAACUUCAGCUUUGAAGCGCUUUACAAUGACCAAUUAAGAUAUCAACUCAGCUUAUAUCAAUCCCCCAUCUCCAGUUAAAACUUAUUCCAGUUUCUUUAGAAUGAGGCAUUUGGGAGUAUCACUACUUUCCCAGCCCUCCCGAUAGGAUGAGGAUGCUAGUCCAUCACAAUAUUACCCUCCUGCAUUUCAUCAGGCUUCCCAGACAAUUGCUGGCACCUAUUUAUACUCCUGGGUAGAGAGAGACACUGUAAGUGAAGUGUUUUGCCCUAGAACACAACAGUUUGACUUGACCGGUUGUGGCACUCAGAUAACUUGACCAGGGGUCCAGCAUAGUAACCAUUAAGUCAACCCUUAAACUUUGAUCUGUUCAAUUGCUUGUGUCACAAAUCAGUUUGAAAUCAUGAUUGGGAAACCAUCAGUAAAACUUUUCAGUGUUUGCUAUUUUCAGUUGUACUCACAGCUAUUUUACUUUUUUUUGGUAGGAUUUCGCCACAUUUCCUUGAGAACAGAGAACAACAUGCCACUACCAUUAGCAACAUUGUUUUGUCAAAUUUCCCUCAAGACAUACAUUCCUGAGAGAUAUACAGGUUUGUAUCAACCCUUGAACCUCUAAGAGUGACUAAUAUCUAAUUUCUCUUUACAAUAUCACCACUGAGUCAUGCAGUAAGGUUAUGAGAAUGAUGAAAAUUAUCAGCAGGUAAAGAAUUCGAAGCUGUUGACUAUUACACAAAUUAUCCUUGUCCGCACCAUAGGGAAUGUAUAGGGAAUAGUAUGAAGAAUACCUCUUAAUUAUUGAUGUUAGGUUUUUAAUCAGAUAGUGUUAGCUAUGCUUUGUGUGGAUUGCAUCGUACCAUUGUCUCAGACUCUGUCAAUUGCACAAGGAAGCUAUGAAAAUUGUACCUGUAAGUGAUCUCUAACUAAAUUUUGUGAAAAGUUAUAUGUUCUCCUGUGUACAGUCCUAGUGAUGCAAAGGCUUUCUCAUGUUUGAUUUUUUGUCCCAACAAUAGCCAUAGUUGAUGAACUAUCAGAGCCUAUAAAGUACCAGUCUGCCGUGGACAAGAGAGCUGCUCAAAUGGUUGUGUUUGGCAUCGAUGAGGUAACGUUUUCAUUGCUUGUCCAAGUACUUUCUGCUGUAGCUGCCACAAGCGAUGGGCAGAUGAUAAGCACCUUUAACCCCGAAGAGUUACUUGCAUCUAAUUUCUUUUAACAAUAUCAUCUAUGAAUCAAACAUUUUAAAGCUCACUAGAACAAAAGGAAUGAUCACCUAUUAGAGGAACUCUUGAUCGUUAAACAAAUUCUCCUCGUUAGCACCUUCAGAAAUGUAUAGAGAACAAUAUGGAGAAUAUGCAUACUGAUGUUAAGGUGUAAAGAGUUAAACUUGAUAAAGGAAAAUGUAAGGUUUAUCCUUAUCUAUCCCAAUUAUCUGUGAACUCACCCUCCCCAAAAAUGACCACAGAUUUCAUAUACAAAUUUUUUUUUGAAAAUCUUGCAUCAAAUCAAGGAAGUAUUCCUAGGUUGAAAAAUUCCUUAAAUCCCUCUACUUGUGGGCCGUGCAUUAGCUUUACUAGGAGGAUUUACGUUCUGGGACAUCAACAGCAAUGUUAGUAUUAGCCGAUAGAAUAAGGACAAUAUUUUACCCUUUCACUUCUAAGGUUCAAGUCAUCCUUUUCCUCAGUGCAUGCUGUAAGAUUUCUGUUUGUGCAUGGAAGGUGACUCAAUUCGAUAAGCUUAUAUCCUCCAGUUCAUGACUUGACUUAUUCUAACUUGUUACCCUGUGCAUCCAUAAUAUGCUGAUAAUGUAAGGAGAAAGUAUGUCUCGAUCACUCCUUAGAGUAAGGGGGAUGGGGCGGAGAAUUGUAAGAAAAGUAAUUUUUUGCUUUAUAACAAGUUAUAUAAAUCUUUGUGUUUGUUAAUAUCAUCCUCAACUGUAACUGGAUUUUGUUUGUUUUAAUUGAUAAUAAUUUAAGGUAUUUUCAUAUAUUUAUCUGCAGGAUGAAGACCCCCACAGUAAUUUUGCCUCAUUUUUAAAGUUUUCACCUUCAUCUAAUUCCUUAUCAAGAAUAAAGAAUGCGGCUUCCUUGACUUCCAUCAGUACUGCUGGUGGAAUUUCACCUGCUCCAGCUCGACCUCGGGAAUCUGUUGUGACAUUGAAUUAUGGUGGUGCAAGAUCCUCAUCAGAACUUACCCUUAUUGAGAGUAAUGUUCCAAAGAAACGUAAGUUAAUAAGUCUCAGGUAUAAAUAAUUUUGUUCAUUCAGACCUGGAGAAUGUUCCCCAUGUUUCUUUAUGCCAUUGGCAAGCAACCAUGUAUCUUGAUGGAAACCCUGUGAUCUUGAAAUAGUUAAAUCUCUUUAAAAAAAUUAAAAUACAGUAAGGAAGAAAAAGCUUAACCCUUUAACUCCCAUGCAUGACCAAAACAGAAUUUCUCCUUACAAUAUCAAUACAAUAUCAAGCAGACAAGCGAUGAGAAUAAAGAAAUAGUAAUAUCAAUGAGGGAUUAUUAGUUGAUCCAAUACCAAAUUCUCCAAAUUUACAUCACAAGACCUAUAUAGCAGACAGUAAGGAGAAUUAUUAAAGAGAUCUUGGGAGUUAAAGGGUUAAGGAAGCAGAACUAGGAUGUGUGGCAAAAGUUUAGUUAGAUUGCAGCUACAGAUCUGAAGCUUGCUCAUGCAGUGGCAGUUGAAUCAUGUAGUCUUUCUUUCUUUCUCUCUUUUUUUCUCAUUUUUGAUGCAGAUGACUUUAAGUUUUCCCCAGUAAUUGUUGAAGAACUGAAAAAGGAUAAGGUAACUAUCACUGACUCUUGCUUGAUCUUUGUUAAAAAUUUCUAAAACACGCAAAAGAGUUAGCUUAAUGAUCCAAGUUAAGGGCUUGAAUACAGGGUAACUGUCAGAGUUUUCUUUUGGUGUGAAGUUGGGUAUUUUUGAGAAUAUAGGUGGUUUAAAUCUUGAUUCACUAAAUUGUCUUUGUGGCAGUAUCUUUAAUUGAUGACUGAUUUAGCUUGUAAAGCUCUGCUGAGCAAUGUUGACAGCAAAGCCCUUAGACCCUCUGACUUUUAAACAAGCAGCCCAGCAAAUCAGGCAUUCUGAAUCCAGCCUUUGGAUUUUAAGUUUUAAAUAAAAUCCAAUGAAGUCUGCAAAAAUCUGGUAAAUUAUUUUAUGACAUUUGGAAUAAUAGCAAAUUCCAAACUAUGUAUCUCCACAAGGUCUAACAAGUUCAGGAGAAACAGUGAAUGGAUGCUCUGAUAUUUGAUAUGCAUGUAUAAUGAUGGGUUUGUGCUUUUUAUAACUUUCUAGACAUUUCUCAAGGUUUUCAAAAGACAUCAAAAGGAAAAUGAAACUCUUGCAAAAAAAUACACCAAGGUGAGUGACAAACAACCUGUUGGAAAAAAAAGUGAAAAGAAACUUUUUAAAAGCACGAAAAAUGUACCCUGGCUGGUUCUUCAAUCUUUGUUAUAAAUGGUUGCUGCAUGGAUUGACUUAUUCAAUGUUAUUUGAGCCAGAGAAGUGACAAGUGGCAAAGAGGUGGACUUAAAAACAGAUGAUUAAUUGGGGGAGGGGGGACCAUUUGUGUGGACAAGUAGACAAAUGCUUAAUUAUUUGGAAAUUUUUGAGGAAUUAGGAAAGAUUGUUUUGGGUGAAAAUAAGGCAUUGAAUGAAAGAAAGCCAAAGGGGAUUGGUGAUGGUGAUGAUUAAUUAACUUCUUACCUUGUAGGAGCGUACAGCCAUGCAAAGGAUUCACACAGGAGAACUUGAAAAGCUCAUAACAAACUAUGAAAAGAUUAAAGUGACUGCCAUAAAAACACAUGAGCGAGCACUCAAACGAUGUGGGUAAGUAACAUCGAUGUGGAUAAUUAAGUAAGGGAGCAACAUUAUACUGAAUAGUGGUGCAGAGAAAACUACAUAUCUUAUUUUUAAACAGCUUUUAAAAUUGUGUACAUUUUAAAUCUAUCACUACAAUUAUUAUUAUUAUUAUUAUUAUAAUUAUUUUUGCAGAGAAGAAAGGUCAGAGGAGCUGAGAAGAGUUCAUGAGAACAAGAUGCUUUAUCUGAACAAGACUCAAACUGACAUGGUAAAGGAAAUACUUGAUAUUGAUAAGUUAUUAGAUAACAGUCAUGUAUACAAACCUGAUUAAUAAUUAUAGGUUGUUAGAAACAUCUAAGUCAAGGGUGGUGCAUUAAUAGAAAACUGAAGUGUGACAGCACUAGACUAUAAACUAGGAUGGAAAGAUAGUGGGAUAAAUAGACAGAAAGACAGAUUGCAACAGACAGACAGACAGACUGACUGACAGACUGACAGACACACUGACAGACAUACAGACUGACAGACAUACAGACUGACAGACAGAUGACAGACACAGAGAGAUAGAGACAGGCAGAAAGGCAGACAGGAAGGCAGCUAGACAGACGGAUAGAGAGUUAGAUAGACAGACAGAAAGAUAGACAGAUAGACUGAAAUCUGAUGAGACUGUUUUAUCUGUGAAUGAAUGUAUAGGCUGACCAACUUGCUUACCUGUAGAGCUACACUAAAUAAUGGUAUCAAAUAGAAUCUGUACUAAGUGAAGAGCAUAAACAAACAAAAGUGUUUUUUCAUAGUAUCGUUAUGACAGUGAACAGAAUCAUUGAUGUUUAUUAUUAAUAACUUUCAGGCAAAGCAAAAAUUAACUGCCCAGACAGAGGAGUGGAUAAACAUGAUUAACAGACAAGUUGAGGAAGAGAUUGCCCUCUAUGAACCACAAGCAGAUAUGGUACGAAUAAUUUGCUUUUGAAGCUUUUCUUGAUGAGUCGUCACAUCAUAUCAUUCCAGAGAACAGUUCUGAAAUCCUUCAACCAAUUUCUAAUUACCAAAUGUAAUUACAGCAAAAUAUCUCGAGAAGUGAUAUUGUAUUCAACUUGUAUAAUGGCAUAUGCAUGAAAAAUUAGCACCUUUAAUCAAUUCUAAGACCCAAUGGCAAACCAGUCAUAGUUUGGGAACCCAGUUUUUUUCCACGCACCCCUCCUCCCUACCUCUCUUGCCUCAGCUGGGGGGUGGGGGGGAGUAGUUAGUGGGAGUGGCAACCAUCGAUUGAAACCCUCAUAUGGAUGAUUUCAAUGCUAUUACCACACUAGGAGGGAUGGGUCAUGGACUCAAUACCCUCCUGUCAGUUUGAGCUAUUUGUGUGAACUGGUUGAAUGUUUAAGAGUCUAGAACAACUGAAUCAUUAAUAUUACAUUUAUUUCUUUCUCACAACUGCAGUGAAGUUAAGUUUUAAUCUUUUCCAGAGAAAAUUAAAUUAAAUUAUUUUUACAGCAACUUGAGACAUUGAAGAAAGUGAUGGAUUCUGUCCAUGAAACUCAAGUAAAAGAAGUUAUGGCAAGACAUGAAAAGUAAGUAUUUGUAGAAUUUUUAAAACUUUCAUCAAACAAAGGCACAGAAGUACAUAUUGUCAUAUCAACAUCUGACUGGAAUUUGUGAGGGAACUUCCUUUAAAGGUGCAUAUCUUUAGUUUUGUUUUUUUUUGUAUGUUUGUUUUCUUUUUAUAGGGAAAACAGUGAGAUAACAAAGAAACAGACAAAGCAGUCAAUGGAAUCUGCCAAAGCCCUGGCACAGGACAAAAAUAUCCAAUCUAAAGAGGAAAGGGACAGGUAUUAGUAUGAUUAAUUUUCCUUUAGUUAUUAUCAAACCAGACUGCUAUUAAGAGUGGGAGACAUAUUGAUUAUUAUAGUAACAUCGAGCUUAUAUUAUAAUAAAUUUUCAUCAACCACUCCCCUAAUGUGGCUUUCCAGGGCCAAUUUCGGGGUUGCUGACAAAAUUCACUGGAUGAAAAGUAGUGAUUGUCAGCUGGAUUUGGCCAGAAAUCACUUGAUAAAACACAACAGGCACUUAAAUCACUUUGGUAAAGCACAGCGGGCACUUCAGGUUACAUACUUACAAUGGUAGGAUAUGGAGUGCUAUCUUUGAACUACCUCAAUUAAAAUUUCUCCAGGCAGUCUAAUUAAUGAACUUCAUCACCCUGCAAAGUGAAACAUUUAAACAAGAUGGAGGAAAGAAAAAUCUUCAUCCUCCUAUCUCUAAACUCUCCCCUGUCACUUUUUCAGUCUGGGUGUUAAUAGUUUAUUGCCAUAAACAUGCCAUGGGCAGUAUUAAGAUGGCAAGAACAUAAUAUCCUGUCUUGGGGCAUUUAUUUUGUAGUAAAGACUUACCUUGUUUCCUUUUCUCAGGAGACAGAGAGAGCUAGACAAGCAAAACCUCAAACAGUUUGUGGAUGAAAGGCAAAGGGUAAGUUAAACAAUUUACCCUCAAUGCGUGUUCCCAAGGGAAACAGUUAGUUUGGGUUUUCUAACAUUAUUUAUGCUUUCUUAAGUGAAACAUUGAGACUCAUGGGGAAUGAACUUUUCCCCCAGGGAAAAUGAACUACUUCCCCCAGGGAAAAUGAACUACUUCCCCCAGGGAACAGACACACAGUGUAUUGUAAAUAGUUAUGUAUCAAAAGAAUGUGAAAGAAACAGAGACACAAAAAAAGUUAUGGGAAAAUUUAACAGUAUAUCUCUUGCGUAUAUAGGCUUGACCUAAAACUUACAGUAUAUCUAAAUCUGUUCUCCUUUCUAGUUGUCAAAGAGACAAGAAAGAGAACUUGAAGAACUAAAAAACCAGCAUAAAGAGGAGAGGAAGAACUUGGAAGUUGAAUUUCAGAAAGUAGGGAAAUGAUUUUUUAAUUCUUUGUACCAUCAGUUAAAACUCUGAAAACCGUGGAUUUUUGUAGAAAAUGAUUUUGUGGAAAAUGUGUAUUUUCUGCAAAACUAACCUUUUCCUCAGAAGUUUUCCACCCAAAAUUACAGAUCUUUUGGUUAAAUGAUAAACACCUAUAAACUCUAUUCAAGUCUGAAACAAAGAAAACAUUAAACCAUCUGGGUCAAAAUUUACCAUCUUUUUAUCCAUUUAUUUGUACACAUGAUACUUCAAACACUGCUGAUUAGAGCAGGGUGCAAAACUCGUCAUCUACCUGUGAGUUAAUGGUCUUCAGCUCAGUUGUGAUGUGAUUGUGUCUUCAAUGGGAAGGUCUCAUUGUGACAAUAAUUUAUUACUGUUAAUUUCUUUCUUUAUGUAAAUUGAAAAAACACUUUUUUUUAUCUCUCUAGGUUGUGUCAGAAAACAUGGACGAAAUCAAGACAAAUGGUGAGAAGUCUAGGAAAGCUAUCCACACGGCAUUCCAGACUGUUUUACCAACACACUGAAGUGGAACCUUAACAGUAACUUUAACCUUUUGUAUAUAAGUUAAUACUGCAGGUCAGUAUUGAACAAACCUUAGUUUGUAAUGUAUAUAAUAUUAAAAAAAUUUACCUCAGGGCAGGCAAGCAGACAGUUUUCCCUGUUUCAAUCUUAGUUCAAAACAGAGUGAUAUUUAUAAGUAAGAAGAACAUGAUAUUUUAUUGGUUAUGGAGCUCUUAAACUGGAAUCAAUUUACGUUAAAAAUGCUUAGAUGAAGGAGGUUAAUGCUGUAUUGGUAUUGCACAUAUAUACCCGUGUUAUUAUGGAUAAGUCUACUUGAUAUUUUCUCCCAGGAAGUAAGCAUCAGAUGGUUGUUUUCAACUUUAACUGAAACAGUGGAAUGGAGUAUGUAAUAGUCAGAAUAUACUUUAUCUUUUGGGUUGUUUUUAGAAUUAAAGGUUGGGAACCCCAGGUAGGUGAGGUAACCUGCCCAGCUGUGGUCAGAAAAUAGCCCGUGUCUACAUAUGCAGGUAAUCUUUCAACCCUGGAAUCUCAAGGUGGUUUCUAGAGGCUGUUGGUGCAUAGCUAGGCAGUUACCCCACCUGGAGACAUUUGCAUGGCAAAUUGGGAUCCUAGCUGAUAGGGUUAGCUUUCCUACCAGACAUGGGCAACUUGGGUGGGGUGGCCCACCUAGGCAGGUUUCCUCACCUUGGUAGGUUACCUCACCUACCUCAUCAUGAAAACAGGCCAUGUCACUUUGAUAUUAAAAUUCCUGAUACAGUGGGUAAAGUUUUCGUGCUCAAUAUCAGUUUGAUCUUCAGUGCACCAUGUCUGUCAUGUGCUUACUUAUUUCAAUUAUUUUAAAAGGGUUAAAAAGUUGUCAAGACAAGUUAUUUUAAUUUAUUCAUCAGUGUACUUUACAACAAUGUAGCAAGUGAGUGUCAUGUCCUCUUCAUGCAAAGUAAGCUUUAUCUCCAACUUAAUUCAUAGUCGAGGCGUUUGGGAAUUGUGGUGUAGUUUUUAGACUAUUUUAAUUCAUUAUUGUGUUUGGAAAAAGAAAUUGAGAAAGCUCUGCUUCUUCAGAUGUACGUGUACAUACUGUGUGAAAAGUGAACUUGGACAUGAGAUGUAUGGGAUAUCUGGCACUUAGAAAAACUUGGUGUUGCUUAGUUGUAAAGGCUCUGUAACUUUAUACAAAACAUAUUGGAAAAAGGAAAAAAAAUACUAAUAUAAAAAUGAGAUAGCAAUGAUUUACAUUAAAAGUUCCAUAUAAGUGUGGAAAUUAAUAAAAUUAGGUAUUACAUAUUUUGAUAUAGUAAUUGAUUUUAAACAAAAAUCCAAAUUAAAGCUUCACUGUUCAAUGAGUAAAUAUCAGUGAAAACUUAGUAAAUUAUAUUACCAUAUGACCCCUAUGGCCCUGUGUGGGUUAGCUUGUAUUGAAAAACAUAGAGGUAGAGCCUGAAAUGUAAAGAUAUUUUCCUGUUUCCUUGUGGUUAGAUUGUCACUAACUGCUGUGAAUAAGAUGUCUUAUCUUUACAUGAGAAGAUGGCGUGUUGUGAACACUAUGUCAAAAGGGUAUCAAUUUUGUGCUUUUCAUUGAGGCAGUAUUACUUAAGGUAAAUUUGACUUUUUUAGACAUGAAAAAAUGCGACUAAGGCUAAAAUGGAAUUUCUGCCUUCAAAUCACUGCAUCAGAUGCCUUUUAAAUGUGUUCGAGCAAUCUCUUCUCGAUCGGACCAUUUUAUUAAUAUCUACAUCAAUCUAUUUAUAAACAUCAAAUAUCUCAUAAAAAACAUGAAAAAAUUGCCUAACCACUUUUGGAUACAAAUUUAUUGUGGUUUCAAUGAUAACUCUAACUUUCUCCUUGAUAGAGAUGUUCCGUUAGUGAAUUUAAGCAGGAAGUUUAAAUGUACAAAAAACAGCAAAAAUACCACCUGAUUUUUCUCAUUUAUUAAUAAAUCCUAAACCCUUUCACUCCCAAGAUCUGAUUGUUAAUUCUCCCUUCUAGCUGCUACACAUUUCCUUGUGAAUUAGCCACAAGAAUUUGUUGUUAGAUCACUGGCUAUUAUUGGCUGUGUGGAGAUGUAAAGGAGUUCUGGUUUUUACUAUUGGUUUUUUUCCCUAAAUGUAUGCUUAACCUCACUAGUCCAACUUUUUAGAAUGAAAUUUGUACCCAUUUGUGGCCAUGGCUUUAUCUGAUUUAUCAACAAAAUUUUAUUUGGUAGUAUUUUGAAAGAACUUAUUUACUAUGAUUUUACAAAUGUGCCCUAUGUAGUUAAUUGUAUAUAAAAACAACUGUUGGUGCUGUGUUGCAUCUUUCUACUGUUAAUAUACAUAAUAAUUUACCAGAUGUCUGCAUUUUGUUGACGUGUAUAUUUGUCAUAUAGAAGGAGGUCAUCGUUUAACCUGUAGUACAUAUUGAUUGUUAUGUAAUAUUUAAAGCUAUUUUAAAUGAUGAAAAACAAAAAAGCUGACAGGUUUUUUUUUUAGGAUAAGCAAUAGUCAGGUAGAUUGGCAGUUCCAUGCUAUUAACUGUGAGUUAACCCUGUGACUCCCAAAAUCUUGGUAGCAAUUCUCCUAACAGUGUGCCACACAGUUCUUGUGAUGUUAGUUUGGAGAAUUUGGUAUGUGAUCAACUUAUAAUCCCCUGACUGAUGUUUUUCUUUACUCUCAUCACUUGUCUGCUUGAUAUUGUAUGGAUAUUGUAAGGAGAAAUUCUGUCUUGGUCACUCAUGGGAGUUGAGAGCUAAUUAUUAUAAAUGUUUUGUGUAGUUUACAGUAAGAGGUUGAUCUGCAGUUUGCAACUUAAGUCUGAGCCCUGAGUUUUUUGUUACUUAACCCUUUAACUCCCAGAUCAAAUUUUCAAUUCUCCCUACUUUUAACCAUACAAUUCUUAUAAUGUUUGUUCAGAGAAUUUAGUAUUGGAUCAACUAAUUAUCCCCAAAUUGAUAUUUUUCUUUAUUCUCAUCUCUUAUCUGAUUGAUAUUGCAUUGAUAUUGUAUGGAGAACUUCUGUCUUGGUCACUCAUGGGAGUUAAAGGAUUAAUUUAUUGGUCUGGGAAAGUUUUGUAAUUGACAUGUAACCCUUUCUGUAAAACAAUAGUGAUUGAAAUGCUUACAUGAAUGAUCCAGUUACAGGAACAAUUUGGUUCAUUUGAGGCAGAUAAUUUUUGUGAAAAUCUUUGUCAUUGCGGCAACACUUAAUCUUGCAGCAUGUUGCUCAAAGUCAACCUCUGGUGAUUUAGUUACAGGUCUGAUGUGUGAGAGAAGUUAUUGUCAG